ACGCACCCAACGUCAAGAUAAUGUAUCUAGCAGGGGAUACGACGGAAUAAACUGCGAAUUACCCGCUUACUCAUUUAUUAACGAUAAGGCUAAGCCUCAAGACUAUGGUCUGCCAUCUUGAGCGAGUGUGGUGUCUGUGAGCUGACUGCGACUCGAAAUGGCUUUCUUCGGUUUAGGUCAGAGCGCAGAAAUCGACAUAGUACUAAGUGGGACCGAAAACAGAAAACAAGCAGAAAUAAAAACGGAAGAUGGGAAAAAAGAGAAGCACUUCUUGUACUACGAUGGUGAAUCGGUCUUAGGAAAAGUCAAUAUCUCACUCAGAAAACCAGGCUCAAAACUGGAACAUCAAGGCAUCAAAAUAGAAUUUGUUGGUCAGAUUGAGUUGUAUUACGACCGUGGAAAUCAUCACGAGUUUGCUUCCCUGGUGAAAGAACUGGCUCGUCCUGGCGAACUCUUACAGAGCACCAGCUACAGCUUUGAGUUUAUAAACGUAGAAAAGCCCUAUGAGUCCUACACUGGUUCUAAUGUGCGGUUAAGGUAUUUUCUGAGAGUGACAAUUGUGCGCCGCCUGACUGACGUCGUGAAGGAGAUGGACCUCGUAGUGCACACCUUGUCAUGUUAUCCUGAAAUCAACUCUUCAAUCAAGAUGGAGGUAGGCAUCGAGGACUGCCUCCACAUCGAAUUUGAAUACAACAAAUCCAAAUAUCACCUGAGAGACGUCAUAGUGGGUAAGAUCUACUUCCUUCUGGUACGCAUCAAGAUCAAGCACAUGGAGAUUGCCAUCAUAAAGCGAGAAACGACAGGCUCUGGGCCCAACAUAUUCAACGAAAAUGAGACUAUCGCCAAGUACGAGAUCAUGGAUGGGGCACCCGUGCGAGGUGAAUCAAUUCCAAUCCGCCUGUUCCUAGCGGGCUACGACCUUGCACCCACCAUGAAGGACAUCAACAAGAAGUUUUCGGUGCGGUAUUACCUAAACCUCGUGCUUGUUGAUGAAGAGGAGAGAAGAUAUUUCAAGCAGCAGGAAAUUAUCUUGUGGAGGAAGAGUGAGAAGAACCUCCGCAAACCAAUCCAGCAGCCAGACCAGCCCUUAGAAGGUGCCAAAUAGCCCCCGCAGCAUCGAUAGAUGCUUUUUUUUUCUUGUUUUUGCAAGCCAGAUCGAGUUUAUAUUAUUAUAUAUAUAUAUGCAUUAUAUGUAUACAGGUGUUAAAUAUAAUUUUGUACAGGCUGUUUUAACACAUACACAUCACAAAUGCCAUGCAGCUUUGUUUUGUAAACAAAACCCCUUUUGCUGCCUUUUACAAUGUUUCUAGACCCUUGUCAUCAUCUUGUUACAGUAGACACACAAAAAUUUGCUGUCCACUCCUCUGUGAUCUCUGGAUCAGAGCUCAAUUGGUGCUUACAAUCAUUCUCACUUUGAGAUAUGUAUAUUUGGUCCGCAGUGGCGCAUCCGACAUCUGGACCGCUAAAGAGUAUUCAAUUCUUUUAGGACCAACAGUGACGGUCUCGCAGCAUCAAAAUUGGGGUACAUGGUCGUUUUUUUUUUUUUUUUACUUAUGAUUUGUUUGCUAGUACCAUAUCGAGCCGCAGCGGUAGCAAUCACUUGACUCUAUCCUAAUCAGUGCUCAGUUUGUGAACAGCACAGAAACAAUAGGUGAUACUACCAAAAAUUUAGAAGGGAACUAGUCAUUAGUUUCAGUGGUGUAUUUAAUCGUGUCAGGGUCAACGUAAGUCGCGUCAAAAAAAAGGGAAGGAAUUAGCCGAUGUACAUAGUAAACAUUCCACAACACCUGCGUGAAAAAAAAGAGAUACCCCAAUGCAGCUUUGUAAAUUUUUGUACAUAAGCUUCCCAGAGUGUAGCCCUAUCGAGGGGAGGUGUUUCAAAUAAACGACCAAGUUUGGUGAAA